AUGCAGGAAAAGGACGACAUCUCCGCUGAUAGCAUUGGCUUCGCCUCCGCCUCCGCCUCUGCCCGUUCCUCUGUUUCUGGACCUGCUUUUCCCACGAGUACUGCUCCCGUCGACCAUCCGUCCUCAGCAGCGUCUUCGACUCGGGCACCCGGCGCCUUUGACCCCGGGUUGCCGAAUCCCGCCUUGGCCUCUACAGACGAACCUGCCGCCUCUCCUCGACCUCUUGCUGCGGUGUUGGAGACGGCUUCUUCUUCUUCUUCGCCGUUCCGCAGCAGCUCUUCUCACCUUGCCCAGAGCCAUCUAGACCACUCGAGACAUCAUUCGGCAGGCCUAUCGGCGGCACCAUGGCAUACUGACAGUAACAGCCCAGAUCACAUCUCUUCGCCAUCCCCUGCGCAUCCAAUCACAGCCCUGCCGUCGCACAGGAGCUAUCCCAGCCUCAACGAAGCCUUGGCCGCAAGUCUAUCGUCGGCUGAUAGUGGGAAGCGCCAGUCGCGCAAGGUCAAGGACGACCAGGCCAUGGGGUCGACACCAGUCAAGAAGGCUCGAACCGGGGCCUCUCCCCCUAGGAGACUCGAGAUGCUCAGCGAUGCCAUGUUCCCCUUAUCCACCAAGGCCGCCGCACUCCAAGUAAACCGCGAGGACGCAGUCUCCCCCCUCUUCUUCUCCCAUGCCCCUGCGAGGCACUUCAACCGCCCUCAGAGCGUUCCCGUCUCAGAUGUGGCUUCGGCCAUUCUAGCACACGCUCGCAAUGACGAUGCAGACCCCAUCACGACUCUCAAGCUCCCCAGAGCAAGCGUCAGCUCCACCAAUGCCGCUCUUUCUGGCAGCACGCCAUCCUCCAUGGACAUGUCUGCGCCGUCCCUAAGCCCUGACGUGCGCAGCCUGCCUCCUAGCUUGCAGAUGCUUCAGGGUGUUGGUGUUCUUGAGCUUCUCGAGCACGACGACAGGCCCACCUUCCUCGUCGAUCUGGCAAACCCAGUAAACACUCAACGGCCUGGGUUGCCCAUAGUGUACUACAACGCCUCUCUUCGGGCGUCUGAGUCACUCCACGGCCAUCUGAGCCCCGACCAGGAAGACCCUGCUACCCCCGACCUGAUGGAUGAUUUUAAUGACUUCAAGUCCUGGGUUUUGACUAUCGGUGUUGUUGAUUCCCUUGAUACUCCCUCGUCGACGUACGAAUACCGGGGAGUUACGUGGCUGUGUACAACUUUGAGGCGUCGAUUUCGAUUCAUCAGUGGGAAUGUUACCUAUCAAACUACUCGCCAGGCGUCACCAAAUGUGAUGAUGGAGGAGGAAGGGGAGGAGGCACCGGGGCAAGAUGGCAGUGGCGACUGUCUAUCAACUCCAGCUACACCUGCUGCUGACAUCCCCGAGCCACAAGAUUACUUUGGCACCGCGACUGCGAAGGACACGAUUGAACCCAUGGACACAACCGAAAUAACUCCUGCAACUGGCACCAUAGAGCCAAUAUAUGACAUCAACCGACGCCAUCCAGAUGACUUUACUAACCAAGUCUUGCAAUCACAGCCUGUAAGGUCAACCUUUGACUGGACCAGGAUUCCAUACAGCGAGAACCUGCCCGAGCACAUCAAAUUAGCAAAGUCAGUAGAUUGGGCCUCCACGCCUCUUGGCCCUAUGAGUGAAUGGGGCUACAGCCUGAGAGCCAUGGCAAAUUUAGUCAUGGGGAGCCCCAACCCGGCUGCCAUGUACUGGGGCCGUGAAUACGUCAGCAUCUACAAUGCCGCAUAUGUGGCACUGGCAGGCAGUAAACAUCCAUCCCUCAUGGGCAAGCGUUACGCAGAUGCCUGGUUCGAGCUCAACGAAGAGUUCGCCCCCAUAUUAAAGGCGGCUUGGGAUUCCGGUCAAGCCACAAUGAAGAACGAUGACCAACUCUUCAUCAACCGACAUGGCUUUUUAGAAGAGACUUUCUUCUCGUGGUCCAUCAUUCCCCUUCUUGGCGAAGAAGGCGAGGUUGUUGGCCUGUUCAACCCGAGUUUCGAAAACACCAGGCGGAGGAUCAACGAACGCCGAAUGCUUACUUUGCGCGAGAUUGGAGAGCGGACGGCGUCGGCAGCUUCCAUCAGUGAGUUUUGGCCGCAGGUUAGGCUAGGCUUGGCGUUCAACGAGUACGAUCUUCCCUUUAGCAUGAUCUAUUCCGUCAAGGAUGAUGCCGAAAGCGAAGUGUCAUCACUACAGUCUGGUAGCCUCCCGCACUCCCCUCAGCUUAUUCUCGAAGGAUCUCCUGGUGUUCCGGAGGGCCAUAUUGCAGCCCCACCAACUUUGGAUCUACGUACAUCAGAAGAAGGGUUCGCGCCAUAUGUACGGCAGUCAUUAGCAAGAGGCGGCACCCCUGUUGUGCUUUCCGAAGAAGACGGUACCUUGCCAAAGCAUCUCAUAGAAGGAUUUGAGUGGCGGGGUUUCGGUGACCCUUGCAGGACAAUCGUCGUCUUUCCAGUCGUCCCCACAACCACGGGCGAAGCUGUGACGGGAUUUAUUGUGCUAGGCGUAAACCCCCGGCGGCCAUACGACGACGACUACAAACUGUUCAUUCACCUUUUGUCACGGCAGUUGGCCACUUCCAUGGCCUCGGUUCUCUUGUUCGAGGAAGAGAUUCGACGUGGCCAGCGAGCGGCUCACCUAGCUGCUUUGGACCGCCAGGAGCUCUCAGAGCAACUUUGGCAGCGUACGCAAGAAGCAGAAGAGCUGGAAACCAAAUUCACGCGUAUGGCCGAGUUCGCGCCGGUCGGAAUGUUCAUCGCCGACCCAAGUGGUCAUAUCAACUAUUGCAACGAUAUGUGGUGGCAGAUUUCUCGACACUCUCGGUCUGAGCAAAUAGGCACUGCUUGGAUGGAUAGUGUACGAAUCGAAGACAAGCCAGGGUUGAUGACAGCCUGGACAAAGCUUCUUGAGCAAAAGAUGACCAUCUCGGUUGAGUUUCGAUUCAACUGCAGCCAACUGUGUGGAGAUCACACCGUCGACACCUGGGUUCUGAUGAGCGCAUUUCCGGAGAAGGAUGCUGAUGGCAACUUGACGUCCAUCUUUGGCUGUAUCACAGACAUUUCCUCUCAGAAAUGGGCCGAAGAGGUACAGAGCCAAAGGCGUGAAGAGGCUGUAGAGCUUAAGCGGCAGCAGGAAAACUUCAUUGAUAUUACCAGCCAUGAAAUGAGGAACCCCUUGUCGGCUAUUCUUCAGUGUGUCGAUCAAAUCGCCAAUAGCAUAGCCUCAUUCACAGCCCAUUCGGAUAGGACAGAGGUGGACGCCCUUUUAGAGUCCUGUCUUGAUGCUGCCAACACCAUCAAUUUGUGCGCCAGCCACCAGAAGCGUAUCGUUGACGACAUCUUGACGCUGUCGAAGCUCGACUCCAACUUGCUAGCCGUUACUCCCGUCGAUGAACAGCCGAUCAAAGUUGUGCACCGUACUUUGAAGAUGUUUGAGUCGGAAUUGCUUGCUCAUGAUAUAGACUUUGAGUUCCGCGUUGACAACAGCUUCGAGACCUAUGGAGUUACUUGGGCCAAGCUGGAUCCGUCAAGGUUGAGGCAAGUACUCAUCAACCUCCUAACCAAUGCCAUCAAGUUCACCCAGGGCCGAGAGAAGCGCGCUAUUACUGUAAGCAUGUGCGCAACCAAGGACAUCUCCGAGAUUACGAGUCAGGGGACUUUUUACUUUGAGCGGAACGACGUACAGCGGACAGUCGGCAUGGAUAUCGACAACGAAGAGGAAUGGGGUACCGGUGAGCGCUUCAACAUCCACUGUUCGGUGGAGGACACGGGCGCCGGAUUGGGCGAUGAGGAAAUGAAGGUCUUGUUCCAACGCUUCCAGCAGGCGUCUCCCCGGACGCAUGUGCAGUACGGAGGUUCUGGGCUAGGAUUGUUCAUCUCGAGGAUCUUGACGGAAAUGCAAGGCGGGCAGAUCGGAGUCUCUUCCCAGAAAGACGCUGGGAGCAAGUUCAGUUUCUAUGUCCAGAGCCGCAAAUGCUUGAACCCUCCGUCUCACGGCCAGCCCGCGAGCUGUCCCACGUCACGAAGCCAGUCGGAUGCAGGCCGCAAUCCCCUUUUCGACGUCCUCAUUGUCGAAGACAACAUUGUUAACCAGAAAGUCUUGCAGCGACAGCUGCGCAACUACGGCAAUAACACGUUCGUGGCCAACCAUGGCAAAGAGGCUCUGCAGACGCUGGCAAAAUCGAGAUUCUGGGCGGGCCAAGAAAAGGAAGGCGUCGAUAUUUCCGUCAUCCUGAUGGAUUUGGAGAUGCCUGUCAUGGACGGCAUGACUUGUGCAAGAAAGAUUCGCGAACUUGAAAAGGAGGGGACAAUUAUCAAGCACAUCCCCAUCAUCGCAGUCACGGCGUACGCACGGCCUGAGCAGAUUGAGAAUGCAAAGGCUGCCGGAAUUGAUGAUGUUAUCUCCAAGCCGUUCCGCAUUCCCGAGUUGCUCCCCAAGAUUGAGGAGCUCGUGGGCAAGUACCAGAGCCUUUCUGUGUCGGAUAAUGCAUAA